AUGGGCUGGUUCUGGGGAUCCUCCUCGCCCAAAGGCACCGACAACCCCUCCAACCCCCUCAGCCACCUGGACCCAGCGCUGCGGGACUUUCUCCUGAAAGAAUCCCCACUUAAGCCCUCCUCGCCCCCCCCACUACAGCCCUCGGACGGACCCACCCCCACCCCCGCAGCCCCGGAAACCCCCUCUCCCACACAAAACCCCCGGACCGCCAAUUCCCCCUAUGGCGAUCGCUACGCCGACAUCUGGGCCCAAUACACCCCACAGGGCUUCACACAAGCUUCGAAAUCCUCGCAGGAACAGCUUGCUGAUAUCCUACAGGCGUACAAGUACCGCAAGAGCCUGAUCGCACGCGCGGCGCUCGAGAAUUGCGUGGGCGAGCAGAGCGCGCUGCAUGAGUGCUAUCGCCACGGCGGCUUUGCGCAAAAGGCGCGUGGGUGCGGUGUUGAGAAGGGGCAGCUGCAGGACUGUUAUACUACACAGACGGUACGUUUAACCUUUUCUGGGAAGGAGGGAGGAGGGGGUUGUGGAGGGAGGGGGGGGCUAAUGGCGAGGGGAAUGGCAGAAGUUCCUCCAGGCUAUGGGAUACAUGUCGGAUUUCGCGAGGUCUGCUGAGGUAGAUGAGAGGAUUCAGAUGCAUGCGGAUAAGUUGUACCAGGAACAGGUUCGCCAGGAUGAACUGGCUGAGGAGGAGAAGAGGGCUGAAAGGACGGCUAGGGAGAGGAAGAGGAAGUCGUGACACGUGCUCUUCUUGGUGGUUGUGAGUGUAAGAUAUGGUUACUGGUAUCAUAUUCGGAUUCUCAAACAGGGAAAAACUGGCUUUAUCAUAGCUGCGAUAUUACAUGCUCAGCGCUGUAUCAUCCAUUCACUUCCUUCUUUGACUACUAUAAAAGCAGAAAAAAAUGUCCUGGGUGAAACGAAUUGUCACGUCCAAUAGCUUUACAGGACGCACAUCAGAGGACCCUGGUAUCAUAACUACUGAAUAGAGUUCAAUCUUGGAAUCUUAUCGAAUUAUGCUUAGCAGAUGGAGUAAACCCACUAAACAUUCUAAAGCUCGAUGUUCCUA